AUGGAGCCUAUUGUACAUUCAGUCUUUGAAAGACAAACGGGAACAUGGCAGUAUAUUGUUGCUUGCCCAAACACCUGUGAAGCCGUCAUUAUCGAUCCAGUGCUGAACUUGGAUCUAGCUGAGCUGAACAUCUCGACCACCUCAGCUGAUGAGCUCCUAGAAAUCGUUGCCUCUAACAAGUACAACAUUAUCCGCCUUUUGGAGACGCACGCCCAUGCCGACCAUCUCACAGCGGCAUUUUAUUUGCAACAACGACUGUUAGAAUUGAGCCGAAGCAAGCCGCCCGUUUCCACCGGCCGCCGGAUCAAGCUUGUGCAAGAAACAUUCUCUAAGAAAAACAACAUUCCCCAAAAAGAAUUAUACGAAGCCUUUGAUUACCUUCUCGAUGAUGAUGAGGAUUUUGAUAUUGGGAAGAUAUCAGCUCGGGUGCUUCACCUGCCCGGCCACACAUCCGAUCAUAGUGGCUACAUGAUUGGCAGUAAUGUUUUUACUGGUGAUUCAAUCUUCAACCCUGAUGUUGGAAGCGCACGAUGUGAUUUUCCAAAUGGCGAUGCGAGUGUCCUCUAUAAAACCAUGCAAACACUCCUCGCUCUUCCACCUCAUUUCAAGCUAUACACCGGGCACGAUUAUCCACCACAGGACUCAGGGCGGGGGCCAACGCCGUUUGUGACGGUGGAGCAGCAGCUUGUAAAGAACAAGCAUUUUAAAAAGGGAACACAGGAGAAUGAGUUCGUAAGUUGGAGACGUGAACGAGAUGAAGUCUUGAAUGAGCCUCAACUACUUCAUCAAGCUUUGCAGGUCAAUGUUAGAGGUGGUCGGCUGCCUCGGAGUCCCGAUGGGAGUCAACGGACCUUUUUACAGGUCCCGUUUCAAGUUCCCCGGUCACUAGUCUGA